AUGUGAGUGCUAUGUAGACUGUAGAAGUUUUUAUGAAAUAGUCUGGUUGUUUAGUUGUUAUUAUUACUCUGUCGUAGCCCUAUUCAAAUAGGUAAUUAAAUUUAAUUGUUAAGUUAAUUGUCUAUCAAUCAAGUUUUGUUAAUGACUUUUAUUAAAUGAGUGGUCGAGCGAAUUAAUUACAUUCUAAAAUACUAACGAAAUGAAUGGCUUGGAUGAAACGUGAGAUUGAAUUUGAUUUUAAAAUUAGUCCGUUUAUUUAAAUCAAAUGACUUUAAAUUGGAGAUAUCAUUAAUUAAUUUGUUAAAAUUGAAUAGGACAUUGGAUUGUUUGACCUGCUGACCUCGUUUGAAAGUUAUCUAGAAAGGGCAUAUUUUUUUGAACCAGUUUGUACUUUUAUUUCAAAUACUUUAAAAUGUUUUUACGGUACUGCACCAUUUUGGUGUUGCUAGCACACUCAACAAUCCAACCAGACUUAAUUAAAAAAAUUGAAAUGGGUACAGAAAUGGAGUUCUCAUGUCCAAAUCUGGACACUACAAUGAAUAUUUCAAACCUCAUGUGGUUCAAUCCUGACAAUCAGGUUGUCGGUGGUGACAGCAGCCGCAACUACUACCACAACAAAACGACCAAUUGCUUGGUUAUGACUGCGAGAUCUCAAGUUAACGACUCUGGUUUGUAUACCUGCUCAGUCUUGUACCAGCAAAGUGGUGAAAAUCAUACGGUACCGCGACAAUCUUCGUUGUUGCAAGAGGGGAAUUCAAGAGAAAUAAUAGCAUCCACAACAACAUCAGCCACAACUUAUACAACAACGACAUCAUCACCAGCGACCGAUCUCUCCAACUACAAAAAUAGCACGAUUGAGAUAGGCAUAUACAUUAUGCCCUCCUACUUCACUGAGGGAAUGAUUCUACUCGGUCUCAACAUGGGACUCGGUUCAUUGCUAGUUGUACUCAACUCGUAUUCAUUUUAUAAGGAGCGGAAAUCUUUGAAGGGUUUUGGGACAAUGUAG